AUGAAGUCUAAACAACCAUCCGGUAGUCAAAAAUAUGAAGAAAAGAGAAAGGCUGACGCCGGUGCUCUAGAUAAGUUUGUCUAUAGACAACCUAUUGAAGAGCAUAUUGAAGAGCACAUUGAAGAGCAUGUUGAAGAGCACAUUGAAGAGAAUGUUGAAGAACAAGAGCAUAUAGAAGUAGAAGAGGUAAAAGAGCAAGAGUCCAUUAAAGAGCUUGUUGAUAUAUAUGAUCCAAGAAGGUGGGAAAAACUUAAUUCUGAGGAGAUUAAACUUUUAGUCCAGAAAUGCCCUAAAAGAGAUAAUAGUAUUAUGUCUGGUCCCUACGAUAAAUUUGGUAAACGGUUUUCUGCAGCUUUAUAUAUAAGAACUUUACCAAAUUUGGAAAAGUGUGAUAGAGAAAGACUAGUGUAUUCAAAAGAGCUAGACAAAGUAUUUCAUUUCUGUUGUAAAGUGUUUAGAAAAGGGAUUUCAAAAGGUAAAUUGGAUUGUGAAGGUUAUGCAGAUUGGCACCAUGUUACCACUACCGUUAAAGAACACGAAAUUUCAUUGGAUCAUCUUACAAAUAGGAAUAAGUGGUUUGAUAUGCUAGUGAAGUUUCUUGCUAAACAUAAUUUAGCAUUUCGUGGAUCCAAUGAAAAGUCGUAUAAAAAAGGUAACGGAAAUUUUUUGGGUGUCAUUGAAAUGAUGGAAGAGUUUGACUCGGUUAUCAAACAGCAUGUGCGGCGGAUCACAAGUGAUGGGCUUCAUGUGCAUUAUCUUGGCCACUUAAUCCAAAACGAACUAAUAUCUUUGCUAGCUCAAGAAAUUAAAAAAGAACUUAUGAAGAAGAUAAAGAAAGCAAAGUACUACUCAAUCAUAUUUGAUUGUUUUUUGAAUGUUGAUGAUACAUCUGGUAAAGGACUAUUUGAUAUUACACUUGAGGAGUUAAAGUCUCUUGGUCUUGAAAUUGAUUAUAUACGUGGUCAAGGCUAUGAUAAUGGAGCAAACAUGAAAGGAAAACACCAAGGAGUGCAACAGAGAUUUUUAGAUAUAAAUCCUAGAGCAUUUUACACUCCUUGUGGUUGCCAUUCUUUUAAUCUAAUAUUAUGUGAUAUGGCUAACAAGUGUGUUAAAGGAAAGAACUUUUUUGGAUUCAUUCAACGCAUUUAUACUAUCUUUGCAAAUUCUACUAAGAGGUGGGAAAUUUUGAAAGAUAAUGUUAAAGCUUGGAGUCUUAAGUCAUUGUGUCAAACUCGUUGGGAAAGCCAGGUUGAGAGUGUAAAGGCUAUUAAACUUCAACUUGUGGAUGUACGGGAAGCUUUACUUCAAGUUGGAGAAAAAGAUAAUGAUGUUGCAAUUGCAAGUGAAGCAACUUCAGUAGCAGAAAAAGAACGUGGUGACUUUGAAUUUUUUGUAUCAACUGUUAUUUGGUAUGAAUUACUAAACCAUGUGAAUAUUGUCAGUAAGAAGUUACAAUCAAAGGAUAUGCAUCUUGAUAAUGCUAUUACAGAAAUAAACAAAUUGAUUGGGUACUUCAAGAAUUAUAGAGAAACUCGUUUUUCAAAAGCGAUUGUUGAAGCUAAGGAGAUUGCUAUUGAAAUGGGUAUUGAUCAAAUAUUUCCACAAAAGCGUUUGAUUGAAAGGAAAAGAAUGUUUGAUGAGAGUUCAACUAGCGAAGAAGUUUCAUUUACACCUGAAGAGAAUUUUAGAGUCAAUUAUUUCUUAUUCAUUGUUGAUCAAGCUAUUUCUUCUCUUGAGACAAUAUUUGAACAAUUCAAAGAGUAUGACAAAGUAUUUGGUUUUUUAUUUCCACAUAAUUUAAGGGGAAUUGAAGAUAAAGAUCUUAAGUCGUAUUAUCAUCGUCUUGAAAAAGCACUCAAGUUUGAAGAAAUAUCAGAUAUUGAUGCCGAGGAACUUUAUACAGAGUUGAAAUUAUUUGAGACAUUGGAAACCAAUGAAUUUAGCAACCCUAUAGAUGUUUUGAAUUUUUUUUGA